AUGGCUAGGAAGAAGGUGGACCUUUCAUACAUAACCAACGCCCGGAAGAGGAAGGCUACAUUAAGCAAAAGGAAGAAUGGUUUGAUCAAGAAGAUGGAUGAAAUCAGCACUCUUUGUGGGAUUGAAGCAUGUGCUAUAUUUUAUACUCCCAAUAAUCCCCAGCCAGAGGUUUGGCCAUCUGAUUCGGGAGCCCAAAGUGUGCUUUCUAGGUUUAGGAAAGUGUCUGAACUAGAACAAAGCAAAAAAAAGUUGAGUCAAGAGAGUUUUUUGAGGCAGAGGAUUAACAAAGCCCAAGUACAACUUGGGAAACUAAGGAAUGAAAAUAGGAAGAAAGAGGUGACCCUUCUCAUGUUUCAAAACCUUAAUGCUAAGAACAAUUUUGAAAAUUCAAAUAUGAUUGAUUUGAAUGAUGUCUCAAACUUGAUUAAUCAUAACUUGGAGGAAGUAAAAAGGAAAAUCAAUAUGAGCCAAGCCCAAGAGGUGAAACCAAUUGUUGACAACGAAGGAGAAACCAUGAGUCAAGGAGGGAAAUCACUUGUGAAUCAUGUCCAAGGGACAGAGACUAAUGUGGAUGCCAUGUAG